AUGGAGAGAAAAAAUGUGCGGAAUAAUCAGAAGAAUCGAUUUCUUAAGCUUUCUCUAAAGAAGAACAGAUUGAAGAUAGAUCAAGAGAUGAAACUCAAUCGUAGUUCUGAUGUAAUCAUUCUUGACGAGUCUUUUGAUAGAUUGAAAUUAGAUUUACAUAAUAAUGUGCAGAGGACGCCAAUAAUUUAUUCACCAAUCGUCAUAAAUGAUUCCUGUGAAUCCACCAAUGAAAGUCUACCAAAAAUAAUUACUUCUGAUAAUCAAGAUGGAACACCAAGUAAGAAUGGGAAUGUAUCAUUUAAUUGUUCCAAAGAGGAUACUUCUUUGUCAAAGACAAAAGAUGCUAGACCCAGUAUUGGAGGUUGGUCUCCAGCUCAAAAUAUUAUAUCUGCUUCACCCAGGUAUGAAACAGUGCCUUCAACACCUCAUGACAUAGCCAAUGAAUCUCUAGAACAAUGUUCUAUAAAAAAAAUACAACAAUCACAGAAGAAACUAUUGGAUGAUCUAUAUGGCGAAACUUGGAAAUCAAUUCCCAAACUUUUUAAAACUAUAUCACAUAACUAUCCCAAAAUGAAUGGUAUUUCUAAAAAACUACAGUAUGAUGAUGAUGAUAGCGACAAGGAAAAUAUUAGAAACGAUUUGGAAAAGAACAGACAGUUAUAUUUAACUGGUUCUGAUGUAAAGCGGAAAGUUAUGAAUUAUGGGGACACAGAAAAAAAAUCAAAAAAAAAAUUAUAUACAGAAAAAGUACCAGAUACACCAGAUAUCCCAAGAACGAAGGUUGUAAGACCUCGUAAUGUGAACAGUACAACGAAAAAAACGAAGGCUAUGUCUGUAACCGAAUUAGUGGAGAUCAUGAGGAAGGGUGAUGUUGACAAGAAUGAUGUGAGCUUGUUGACGAAGAAGGUUGAAGAUAUUUCUGUGACUCCGAAAAUUUUUAUGAAGAAAAUUGACAAUGUAUCUGCUACCCCUCAUACAGAAGUGAAAAGAUUAAGUUUUGUUGGCUCUCUAGCUGAUAACGUCCCAACAUGGCGUUGUCACCCCGAAGCAUUUCAAUACAAGGACAAUUAUAAGACAAUGCGGGAACAAUUGGCCACGCGGCUGUACAUUGAGUUCAACAAAGUUGUAUUCGACAACACCCUUGAAGAGGACUUGCCCAUACUGUGGGACAGUAAACUCAGGAGUACAGCUGGUACAACCACAAACCGUCUUCUCAAGAACUCUAAAGGUGACCGGAGAAGGACGUCAAGCGUGAAACUGUCGACAAAGGUACUGGACACACCGCAGCGGCUUCGCGAUACGCUUAUCCACGAAUUGUGCCACGCGGCCACGUGGCUCAUCGACGGUGAACUACGGGCCGGACACGGCCCACUGUGGAAAAAAUGGGCAACGCAUGCGCUGCGUAAGUUUCCUGAACUAGGCGAGAUAUCGAGAUGCCACGACAUGCAGAUACAUUACAAAUAUUCGUAUAAAUGUACAAAAUGUGGUUACAAUAUACAACGCCACUCGAAAUCUAUAGACAUAACGAAGAAGUGCUGCGGAUACUGCCGUGGGAGCUUCGAGCUGAUCAUCAAUAAGAAGAAGAAGGACGGUGUAGUGGUCUCCACUCCGGCCAGGAAAGGUGGUGCGAACGAUUUCGCUUUGUAUGUUAAAGAGAAUUAUGGACAAGUGAAAGAUAGUACGCGAUCUCAUGGCGAGGUUAUGAAGUUGCUUGGUGAGCAGUUUUCUGCUAAAAAGAAAUUGAAUAUAUAAGAAUUAUGCCAAUUUUCAGAAUUAACUACAAUACGAAACUAGUAUUUAAAAACUGAACUACACUUUGUAACUUUGAUUUUGUUUAUUAUCAAAAUAAACAAUAAUUGAGACGGAUUUAAAAUUUACACAAAAAAUUGACAAUUUUCAAUAUAACUGAAUGAUUAUUAUUGUAAUCUAUUACAUUUAUUAAAAAAAAUAAUAGAAUACUAAAUAUUUUAUUAGAUGCAGAAUAGUAAGAAUACACUUUGCGUAAGUGGUCCAAAAAUUGCCAGUUGAGUAAUUCCUCUUAUUUUCACUCGCAAUUAUGUAAAUAUAUAAAAUAAGACGCUCUACAUGGACCUUUAAUAAUAUUAAAACAGUGUGAGACUAAUUGUUUCAAAAUUAUAUGAAUAUUUGUAUAAUAUUUUGACAUUUGUAUAGGUAAGUAUACAUUGUUUUUAUGAUUAUUAUUAAAUUGAUUUGAGAUUGACUCUCUUCAAGACUGAUUUAGACUAAUAUAAAGGUAUAUUCGACUAUUGUACUGGUUACAAUGUAUUUAUAUCAAUAUAUAAUUUAUUUUUAAUAAUUAUCAUUGUUAUUAAUUUUAUUGUAAAUAUAAACCAUAAUGACACUUUGUCUCUGUCUACUCUAUAAUAAGGAACAUAACGUGAUAAUAUAUCGUAUGUUUUUGAAACUUUCACGUUUUUGGUAUAAUUUAUUAUUGAUAAUUAAAACAUUUGAUUACGCACAUUUGUUAUUGUUGUUUAACAAAAUUUUUGAUAAAUUGUUGUAAUUCAAUGAAAUUUUAUAUUCAAAAGUUUUCUACAUCAAUUUGUCUAUAAAUAUACACAAAUAUAAUUUCUGCAUAAUAUUAGUUGUCUAAUAUUAAUUAUAGAUUAGUUUGAUAGAUCGCCUUAAAUAAUUUUAAAGUAUUUUAAGAUUUUUGUAUAAAAUUGUACAUUAUUGUGAAUAUUUGACUGAGUGUGAAAUGUUAAAUUAUUUGUUUUAUUUUAACAUUGUCACUUAAGAUUAACGUAUUAUUCGUAAUCCUUUUACUUCUUAAAAACUGAAUUGAAGAGAGUCGUUAAUCGUCACCGUCCAUUAAUAAUUUCAUAAACAAAUAGGAU